CGCCGGGCGCUAGCCUAGGCGGUGGUGGCGGCAGAGCGUGACGCCGGCGGGUCUUUCCAUCCUCCGAGGCAACGGCCGCGGCUGCACAGGCACAAUGAUGUAUUUGUGGGCGUGGACGUGAAGCAGGCAGUCCGUCGUCCGAGCUGGCGGCCUAGCGCCGGGCCGAUGGUGCGGGAAGAUGGACCUGACCGACGGGCAGGCCGGCAGUGCCAACACCGCGGCUACCGCUUCCGAGAAAAGUAGCAGUUCCGAAUCAUUAAGUGACAAGGGUUCUGAGUUGAAGAAAAGCUUUGAUGCCGUGGUGUUUGAUGUUCUUAAGGUUACACCGGAAGAAUAUGCGGGUCAGAUAACGCUAAUGGAUGUCCCAGUAUUUAAAGCCAUUCAACCAGAUGAGCUUUCAAGUUGUGGAUGGAAUAAGAAGGAGAAGCACAGUUCGGCGCCGAAUGCAGUUGCCUUCACAAGGAGAUUUAAUCACGUAAGCUUUUGGGUUGUCAGAGAGAUUCUUCACGCUCAGACAUUAAAAAUUAGAGCCGAAGUUUUGAGCCACUAUAUUAAAACUGCUAAGAAACUGUACGAGUUGAAUAACCUGCACGCGCUCAUGGCGGUGGUCUCGGGCCUGCAAAGCGCCCCCAUUUUUAGGCUGACGAAAACCUGGGCGUUGCUAAGUCGAAAAGACAAAACUACCUUUGAAAAGUUGGAGUACGUCAUGAGUAAAGAAGAUAACUACAGGAGACUCAGACAGUACAUCAGCAGCUUAAAGAUGACCCCCUGCAUUCCCUACUUAGGUAUCUAUUUGUCAGAUUUAACAUACAUUGACUCAGCAUACCCGUCAACUGGCAGCAUUCUAGAAAAUGAGCAAAGGUCAAAUCUGAUGAAUAACAUCCUUCGAAUAAUUUCUGAUUUGCAGCAGUCGUGCGAAUAUGAUAUCCCCAUAUUGCCUCACGUACAAAAAUACCUGAAUUCCGUUCAGUAUAUAGAAGAACUACAAAAGUUUGUGGAAGAUGAUAAUUACAAGCUUUCAUUAAAGAUAGAACCUGGAACGAGCACACCUCGCCCUGCUGCUUCAAGGGAAGACUUAGCAGGUCCUGAAGUGGGAUCUCCACAGAGUGGGAGGAAGAGCGUGGCCGCCGAGGGGGCCCUGCUGCCGCAGACGCUGCCGUCCCCUCGGAACCUGAUUCCACACGGCCACAGGAAGUGCCACAGCCUGGGUUACAACUUCAUUCACAAAAUGAACACAGCAGAGUUCAAGAGCGCGACGUUCCCGAACGCGGGGCCCAGGCACCUGCUGGACGACAGCGUCAUGGAGCCCCACGCUCCUGCCCGCGGCCAGGCUGAAAGUUCUACUCUGUCCAGUGGCAUAUCCAUAGGUAGCAGUGAUGGUUCCGAACUAAGUGAGGAGACCUCAUGGCCUGCGUUUGAGAGGAACAGACCGUACCAUUCUCUCGGCCCGACGACUCGCGGGGCACGAAGUGGCUGUCGAGGCCACGUGAAGGCCAGCAGCUCUGCAGAAUCGGAAGACUUGGCGGUCCAUUUGUAUCCAGGAGCUGUUACUAUUCAAGGUGUUCUCAAGAGAAAAACGCUGUUAAAGGAAGGCAGAAAGCCUAAAGUGGCGUCUUGGACGAAGUACUGGGCAGCUUUGUGUGGGACGCAGCUCUUUUACUAUGCUGCCAAGUCGCUCAAGGCCACAGAGAGAAAACACUUCAAAUCCACCUCGAAUAAGAACGUGUCCGUGGUGGGGUGCAUGGUGAUGAUGGCGGACGACCCAGAGCACCCCGAUCUCUUCUUGCUCACUGACUCUGAGAAAGGAAACUCAUACAAGUUUCAGGCCGGCAACAGGAUGAAUGCGAUGCUGUGGUUUAAGCACCUGAGCGCGGCCUGCCAAAGCAACAGACAACAGGUUCCUACAAACUUGAUGACUUUUGAGUAAGGGCCUCGGAAAGAAGAGAGGUGAACUGUCGCCCCGCAGUGAGAGCGGGGACCUGUGGGGCCAGCGCCGGCGGGGAACCAGUCCUGGGCCAGGGAGGGUCCGGAGCUGCCGGCGCAGCCCCUGGGGUUCGCCACCCAAACCGCACUAACUUCAGGGAAUGAAGCGAGACGUUCCCAGAGGACUGACUGGACUCGCAGACAAACUGCCAUGGACCACGCCUCUGAUCUCGGGACCGACCUGCGGAAACCACUGCCUUAAAGAGUGAGAGGAAAGCCACCGCGCGACACCAAACAGUGCGUGUGAAUCUUCCGGCGGUGCUGUGCUUGGCAUAGAGCAUAAAUCGCAUUUCUUUUCCGAUCUGCCGGAUCUAAAUGGAUCUAAUUUGCAUUUCUUUUAACCUGGUACUAAUUGGGGGGGAGGGGGGAAUCGCCUUUUUUAGAUACUUUAAAAAAGAAAAACAUCCCCCCACCCAUGGGCUACAUCAGGGGCUCGUUUUGAACCAAGGUGCAGGGGUCCUCCAGCGGGCGGGACUCUCUGCUGGCAGCAGCCCCCCCCCCCCCCCGCCUCCCUUGUGCCCCCACAGCAAGACCCCAGGGACCAGAAAUGUCAUCUGUCGUGUGAGUUGCUGGAACUUUGUCUGGGACUUGGGGAGGGUUCUUGUUUGGUUUUGGAUGAGGGAAGAUAUUUUUAAACACUAAACUUCUGAAAUCGAGUACUCUGUGGGGAGCAUGGCUUCCUGCAGGAGGUACAAAGGCUGAGUGUUCGCAGGCCAGGCAUUUUUUUCCAGUGGGCUCCAGAAAACACGGCCAUUUCUAACCGGCUUUACAUUCAGCCUUCUAUGUGAAUUCAUUGUUGGACCACAGAUCUGCCCAGUAGAGAAUGGAAUCCCUGAGGUUUCACAGCAGUGACAUCUUUCAGUUUAGUUGUAUUAUCUCCUCUACCUGUCACAGGUGAUUUUUAUCAUCAAGGUGAUAAAUUGCUAUUUUCUUUUACGUCAUUUUUUGUGCACAAUGCCAGUGUUUUUAUUGUUUUUGUUCGAUACGAGAUUCAGGAUCACAUUUGUUUAAAAGAGGUUCCACAUGUAUAUGUAUGUAUUUU